AAUUAUGGAUGAUUUCGCCAUGCCUAUAAUAUGCAAUCCUCUAAAAUACAAAGGCUUGGCACAUAAUGAAGAAGAGAGAGACCGUCUUGGCCUUCGUGGAAUUUUACCUUCAGCUAUUAGAUCAGUCGAAUUGCAAGUGGAAGCAUCAUUAAACGGUGUGAGGAGUCACCACACUGAUCUAGAUCGUUAUUUGUUUCUACGUACUUUGCAAGAUACAAAUGAACGCCUAUAUUACCGAGUACUGUGUGAAAAUAUUGAAGAACUCAUGCCUUUUGUUUACACGCCAACAGUUGGACAAGCAUGUCUGGAAUAUAGCCAACUGUUUAUCAGACCAAGAGGAAUGUUUCUGUCUGAAAAAGACAAAUAUUCCAUAUUUAAAGUUCUCGGAAACUGGCCUGAAAAGGAUGUAAAAGCUAUAGUGGUGACAGAUGGAGAGAGAAUCUUGGGACUUGGUGAUCUUGGCAGCAAUGGUAUGGGCAUUUCCAUUGGUAAAUUAUCUCUUUAUACAGCAGUAGCUUUCAUUCCACCUUCUGCUUUAUUACCUAUUGCUCUCGAUGUUGGUACAAAUAAUGAAACCUUAUUAAACGACCCCUUUUACAUAGGACUCAAACAACCCAGAAUACUAGGUAAAAGGUACGAUGAGUUUAUUGAUGAAUUCAUGAAAGCUGCCGUUAAGAGAUAUGGAGAACACUGCUUAAUUCAGUUUGAGGAUUUUGGAAAAGAAAAUGCCCAACGUUUACUUGAAAAAUACAGACAUAACUAUUGUGUAUUUAAUGAUGAUAUACAAGGAACAGCGGCAGUAGCAUUAGCUGGUAUUUUGAGCAGUGUUAAAAUAACAAAGACUGAUGUAUCAAAUAAUACAUUUUUAUUUUUUGGUGCUGGUUCAGCAAGUUCUGGAAUAGCCGACUUGUUGUCACUUUAUAUGAUAGAGGAAAAUUUUCCGGAAGAAGAUGCUUACGAUCAAAUAUGGAUGAUGGAUUCAAAAGGUCUUCUAGUUGAAGGUAGAGAUCUGUCGCAAAUAAAUCCUUCAAACAAAAAAUAUGUGAAAAAAUUUCCAGAAAUUUCAGAUUUAGGAGAAGUUGUUAAAAAAGUAAAACCAACAUUUCUGAUAGGUGCUUCAGCACAGUUUGACGCUUUCACUGAAAAUGUGAUAAAAUCCAUGCCAACUCAUCAAACUCCUACAAUAUUUGCUCUUAGUAAUCCAACUAAUAAAGCAGAAUGUACUGCAAAGCAAGCUUACGAGUUCACCAAUGGGCGAUGCAUUUUUGUAAGCGGUACAGCAUUUCCCUCUGUCACAUAUAAAGAUAAGACGUAUCAUCCUAGUCAAGGAAAUAACGUUUAUAUAUUUCCUGCCAUUGCAAGUGCGAUUAUUGCCACUAAGGCUUUACGAGUCACUGAUCAUGUUUUCUUGGUAGCUGCAAAAGCCCUUGCUGCGCAGGUCACAAUGGAACAUAUGUCCGAAGGUCGAGUUUAUCCUCCCAUAAGUGCAAUCAAACAUGUUUCUUUAGCCAUUGCAGUUGAAGUUGCCAAAUUUCUGUUCCAGGAAGGUCUUGCUACAUACGAGCCUAAACCUGAUGACAUGGAAGAAUUUUUAAUUUCAAAACAAUACAUAUAUGACUAUGAUGUGUAAGCUUGAACCAAACAAAUUGAAAAAUUAAGGUAUCAA